CCGUGGGCCACGGCGGCCAUCAUUUUCCUUUUCACCCUUCCGAGCUUUCCCUUUCUCAGCCACGUUUUAUGAUGCUUGCCACCUUAUCGUCGUCGAUACGUAAGCAGGCCACGUCGUCAUCGGCCGCCGCCUUGACCACGUGCCCUUGUUCGCCAGCCGUCGAUGGCACUGCCGCCGCGUGCUGCCCAUCGCCGACGUCUAUUGAUAGCGUGUGCUGCGCGUUGACGUCUUCGUCUGAGUUCACCAAGACACGCGCUUUGCCCAACGCCACGUCAUCGGACCUCCGCAUGCAUUCGAUUGCAAUUCCUCCUUCAGUUGCCAACGUCGACUACCUCGAUGCAUCGCUCCCGUACGUCGCUGUGUUCCAGGAGCAGAUGGGCACAACAAAGGUAGCCCGCGGCCCGAAUUCGGCCUACUACACGCUCACCGAGUCUGGCCAAGCGGGGCUAGAGCACGCUACGAACGAACUCCAUCAAAUGUUCAUGCACGCAGCGCAGUACGUGCUCGACCACGAAGCCGAUUUGGCGCCGCUGUUCCACUUCCCUGCGUCGCUCUGGCCCAAGAUCCGACAGUCGUGGGCAACUCGCGCCGACGACGUUGUGUCGGCACGAUUUGACUUUGCUCUCACUCCCACCGGCAUCAAAACGUACGAGUACAAUGCUGACUCGGCCUCGUGCUUGUUUGAGUGCGGCCACAGUCAGGACAAGUGGGCCGCCACCGUCGGUCUCGGUGGUCGCAGCAACAGCGACACGUUGUUCACACAACUAGUCGCCGCCUGGACAUCGAAGAAGGUCGUGGGUGACCUCCAUUUGCUCUGCGACGACGAUCUCGAAGAGAGAUAUCACUCUUUGUACAUGCAAGCUGCAGCCGAGGCCGCUGGCAUUACGUGCCACUUGAUCGUCGGCAUCGAUUCCAUUACGUUUGACGGACAAGAUUUCCGCGACGCGAACGGCACCGCGAUUCGAAAUGUGUGGAAGACGUGGUCGUGGGAAACAGUGCUCAAGCAGUACAAGGCCGCCGCCCCCGACGCAGGGCCAACACCAGGGACCUUGUCGCUGAAGCGCCCGCUGUCGCCUACAGCCGACGCCACGUCUGCACCCUCCAAAGUGAAGCUGGACGAUGGUCGCGCCGUGUCGUCGGGGUCUCACCCCCGUGUGCAAGUCAUGGAUAUUCUCCUCAACGAUUCCAUGCGUGUGUUUGAACCGCUGUGGACGCUCCUGCCCAGUUCCAAGGCGAUUUUGCCCGUCCUGACCAAGCUGUACCCGGCCCACCCGUAUCUACUGGCCUCGACAUUUGACGAGGUCGACGUGUCGACGUUGUUUCCCAAUGGGUACUGCGCCAAGCCAGUCAUGGGCCGCACGGGCGCCAACGUAUCCAUCUACAACGACCGCCAUGAGCUCAUCAGCGCGACUGGCGGCGCGUGGGAUAAGGAUAACAUUUUGUUCCAAGAGCUCGCGCUCCUCCCCAAGUACGAAGAAAAGUACGUUCAAGUCAACUGCUGGGCGAUCGACGGUCGCUACGGUGGCACGAUCUUGCGCGUCGACGAGUCCAACAUCAUCGGCGGCAGCUCCGGCAUGUACGCAAUGCGAGUUGUCCCCGACGACGCUGCCAACGCCAAGCCUAUCGCCAUGUAGACGAGAUAUUUUAUAGCCAUACCCAUAUUUAAGUCAACAAGUCAUUCUCUCAUACGCAAGUGGGUUCGCGCCAUGCAUUGGGGCUGCCUCCAUGAGCAAGGACUUUCCUAGUCAAGAGGUUGUAGGGUCUCCACCACGCUCGCAGUCAU